ACUUCCUUUUCAGCAUUUAAGCGGAAUGAUAAUCACCUGUGAGGGAGGUGGAAUCAUAUAUUUUUAUUAGAUUUCAUUGGUCAUCAUAGUGUUUGUUCCCGCCUGUGGUAAGCUGCGCCGCUCAGAGGGGGCAAACUUUCCCAAAGUGUUAGCUUGCUUGGCUGGAAAACUGUUUACAAUUCUGAUCCUGACCAGCCAGUACGGUCUGCUGUACUAAAAACUAGGAAGAGCAACAUGUUAAAUACUGUCACUGAACGCUACGACGCGUUUUUUAAACAGAAGAACGUGUUAACGGAUUUUCUGGCUGUUUUGGAAGAGAAAACUGGAGUUCAAAAACAAUACAUUGCGGCAGGUGUAGUGUCUAUUGUGGCUUUCUACCUGAUAUUUGGAUAUGGUGCCUCUCUCCUCUGCAACUUGAUUGGUUUUAUAUACCCAGCAUAUGCCUCCAUCAAAGCCAUUGAAAGUAACAAUAAAGAAGAUGACACCAAAUGGCUAACCUACUGGGUGGUUUAUGGACUCUUCAGUGUGGCUGAAUUUUUCUCUGAUAUCUUCCUUUUCUGGUUUCCCUUUUACUAUGCUGGCAAGUGCCUGUUUUUGCUGUGGUGCAUGGCUCCGAUCUCCUGGAAUGGCUCUCAGGUCAUAUACACGCGUGUGGUGAGGCCUUUCUUCCUCAAGCAUGAAGCUGCGUUCGACAACGUUGUCAGUGACCUGAGCGGCAAAGCCAAAAGUGCAGCAGAGACCAUGGCAAAGGAAGGCUUGACAUUGCUGAACAGCGAUAAGAAUAAAUGAUUUGGAGGUGGGGAUAUGAAUAAUCAUUUUAUCAGGAGCCCUGUGUUUACAUUUACCUUAUUAUUUGACUAGCUUAUUGUUUAACUCACUAAGUUCACUGGAAAUGAUCUCACUGCAUCUGAGCCAGGUAGCACAAUUACCCAGGAAAUGGUCAUUAAUAAUUUAUGAAUUGCCUAAACUGUCCACAAAUGUUCUUAAGAUCCAUCACAUUUCUGUUUUGAGUUUAUUCUAGACAAUAUUUUAGCACUAUGACCAAUGAAAGAAAUGCCAUUGUAUUUUAAUAAAUAAAACUGGAGAAAGUUAUACCUAAA